AUGGACUCGAACAUAUACCAACACCGACUCCAACAGGACCCACGUUUGUCCCUAGGACCCACACAACCACAGAACGACAUACCUAUCAUGCCCCCAAACCAACAAAUAAUACCGAACAACAUGAUCCCACCACCAUUGGCCAAUUUCGACAUCCUACCUCAGACAGACCCACCCCCAAAUAUUCAACCGUUGCCUCUCCCACCGUACCAACCAACCGCAGAUGAUGCAUAUUUGGGAAGAGCAUCACCAUUUGUACCAUUCUACACGGAAAACACAAACCUGUUAAGUAAUCUGCGUUCAAAUAUCCAAUGCUUCCAACCAUCCAUGCCCAACCAGAUUCUGAUCCAACCGACACCGCAUCCUCCACCACCUCCUAACGCCCUGCAAGUGGACGAUACUUCCUUCUCUUCCCCUUCAGGCUCCAACUCACCGGAUUAUCUCCCUCGAAGGAGAAUAUCCAUCUCUAAUGGACAGAUAAAUCAAUUGAAUGAUGAUGUGGAAACAAUGAAAAACCUCUACGAUUCACAACCACCACCAAUGCCCUUACACCAACAGACCAUCUCCUCUCCUUCCUCUGCUAGGAGGAUCAAAGAGGAACCAGGGUUGGCACACAAGCAACAGGACCCCUCUAUGAAAAGACGUAUCUCUUUGGAAAAGAACAGGAUCGCGGCAUCGAAAUGUAGACAAAGGAAAAGGAUUCAACAGAUGCAAUUGAAGAGAGCGUAUGAGAGGGUCACUGAGGAGAAUCUCGAGUUGAAGAGGAAAGUCGAUUAUUAUGAAAGGUUGAUAAGGAAGUUUAAAAAGUUUGAAAGAGUUCAUUUCCAAAAUGAGACACAUCAACCAAAUGAAGACGUGACACCCGAGGAGAGCGAGUUGAAAUCGUUGGAUUUCAUUCAGGAAAUGAUGAUGAUAGAAGCAGGCGUGCAGGAAGUGGAUGAGUUUGGGAUCGUUCUCAAGUUCGAACAGAGUGUAUAG